AUGCUGCACCUCUUUAGGGCCCCCCUAGGGGUUGGCGGCAACACCGCCAGGCCUCUGAGGUGUAUACUCACCUCGCAGCUGUCUGCAGCAGCUGCAGCGCCAGCAGCAGCAACAGCAACAGCAGCAGCAGCAGCAGCAGCACCGGAGAACCUGAUGCUUGAGUCGUGUGCUGCUGCUUCGUGUCCAAAUCCUCGCUGUCUGCACUGUCUCCCGCUUGGGGCUGCCAGAUACCUCAGCAGCAGCAGCAGCAGCAGCAAUAGCAGCAGCAGCAGCAGCAGCAGUAGCAGCAGCAAGUGGCACGCCUCCUUAGGUCGUCGCAGCCGAAGCCGUGACUAUGACCCGCCUCUCCGCUCUGAGUUUGCUGCAGCGGAAAGGCGAGAGCGAAUGCUGCGGUCGCCCUCCACCACAGGGGGUUGGAGUGUCUCCUGGACUCCAUACAAACCCCCUGAAAGAGCAGCAGCAGCACCAGCAGCAGCAGCAGCAGCAGGAGCAGCAGCAGCAGCAGCAGCAAAAGACCCAGAGAAUAGGUUAGGGCUAUAA